AUGGCAAUGAUUGAUGUCUCACGACAGAGGAGGUCGCUCCUUGAGGACGCGACUGUGUUAGAACUUUUGCCUGCAGAAAUACUGGCAAUUAUUCAGACAGAGUCCUCGACGAAGUUACUCGAUGCUAUUGCUGAGGCAGCUCUUUGCCCACCACUUACAGAGCGUAUCUUUGCGCAUUUCGAGCAUGUCUUUCCAGACGUUUGUGCUCGAUGGAUUCUCAACCCUGGCAAUGAACAAAAACAUAUACGAAUAUACUCGGCACUAGCACGUAUUCUUCCUUUUGCUCCCUAUCUAUCAACCUUCAUCGAAUACGCCUCUUCUACCGCCGAACAGCCGACUAAUUCACACUCUCUACGACUCCCACCCUUGAAACUUGACCAGGAUGCUAUCACUCAGGACGGCGAUGUCCUCCUACAGAGUCUCCUUGUCGCCUGGAGGCUGAUCAGCUUCGACUCGCGCAACUUCGGCCCCCUGACAUCGGCCGCUUUCAUGCAGACCCUUUUUAAUCACCAAAGUACAGCAGUCCGUUAUCUCGCGACCAGGAUAUUUAUUCAACUUCUUCAUGGGUCAGAUUGGAAGCUUGAAUCUCUCAUCCAAGAACAUAUCGGCAAGAGCGAGGCUAUCCUUGCAGACUUUGACGGCAGAUCGAUUGAUUAUGGGUUCCUUUCGUUGUACGAACAGUCUCGAGUAAAGUCUUUCCUAACUUUGCGCCAAGAAGUACAAGCGGCUCACGAAGCCAACGACAAUGAAUCUCCGUACCUACAGGCUCUAACCCCUUACGUCGUUUCCUACGGCAAUGUCAUUCUCCCCAGACCUCUUGGACCAACCGGAGAGCCCUCGAAUCUCGUACUCACCCCCACGACUGUGUCCAACUUGGAAAAGCUGGCGACCAUGCUACGAGAACAUGACCCAGUCAUGCUUCACGGCCCGCCUGGAGUCGGCAAGACCGCCUUGGUUCACGAAAUCGCCAAACAGCUUGGCAUGUACUCGAACAUGGUCACAUUGCACCUCAACGAACAGACCGACGCCAAGAUGUUGAUCGGCCUAUACUCAACCGACACGAAACCCGGCAGUUUCCAGUGGCGUCCUGGUGUUUUGACUACAGCAGUCAAAGAAGGUCGAUGGGUGUUGGUGGAGGAUCUGGACCGAGCCCCCACCGAGGUUUUGAGCACGUUGCUCCCCCUUAUCGAACGACAAGAACUUCUUAUCCCAAGUCGAGGCGAAAGGAUACGUGCAGCAAGCACGUUCAGACUCUUUGCAACAGUGCGGACAUCACGAGGUAUGAAUGGACGGGAGAAUCUGCCUAGCAUGGUUGGUAUGCGCUUCUGGCAGACCUUGAAUACCCAAGCCCUCGCAGCCUCCGAGCUUGAAGAUGUCAUAGUUCAGACGUACCCCAUCCUGCGAAGGCUCGUCCCCGAUAUUCUUGCAGUAUAUGCCCGUCUGUCUCAGUUCAGCAACAAACCUGGCGCAUUUACUCGGGGUCGCAAUGUGAUGGACCGCCAGAUGACGCUGCGUGACUUGCUGAAAUGGUGUCGCAGACUGCGGGAGUCUUUAAUCGCCGCAGGCUCAAAGACAGGGGAGGAGGCGAUCACAAACACGACAGAAGAUCAAAUGUUUAUGGAAGCAGUUGAUUGUUUUGUUGGAAGCUGCCCUGAUCCACAGAUCGGUAAAGACCUUAUCUUUGCGAUUGCUGAGGAGAUGCGCAUUCCAAAAGAACGAGUUGAAUAUUAUAUGUCAACUCAUAUACCUCCUUUGCAGGAGAGUGAAAACCAGUUCAGCAUUGGCCGCGCUGUGUUGCGCAAGAAGAAGCAAUCGAACAGAAUUCAGAAGUCAAAACGGCCAUUCGCAAGCACAGCGCACGCGAAGAGGUUGUUGGAACAAAUCGCUGUCGCGGUCAAACUCAACGAGGCUGUUCUUCUUGUUGGAGAAACCGGUAUCGGCAAGACUACAGUGGUACAGCAGCUGGCCGAGUCCUUGGGCCACAAGCUUGUCGCCGUAAACUUGUCCCAACAAAGUGAGGUUGGUGAUCUUCUCGGUGGCUUCAAGCCUGUCAAUACUCGAACAUUGGCCAUGCCCCUCAAGGAAGAGUUCGAGGAUCUGUUCUCAGCUACUGGCAUCUCUGCAUCAAAGAACCAAAAGUACCUUGAGCAAGUUGGCAAAUGCUUUGCUAAGGGACAAUGGUCAAGGGUUUCUAAACUAUGGAAGGAAGCCCCCAAGAUGUUUAACAAGAUUGUGAAAGAGCUCGAACGAGUUCAAGCAGAACAAUCAGAGACUCGAGAUGGAGAUGAGCAGCCUACGAAGCGUCGAAAGACUCAGUCCAAGCUACAGAUCCUGCUCGAUCUACGUCCACGGUGGGACCUGUUUGCCCGUAAUCUCGAGCAGUUCGAUGUUCAGGUCUCCGGAGGCUCCGGCAGCUUUGCCUUUUCUUUCAUGGAGGGAAAUCUUGUCAAGGCUGUGCGCAACGGUGACUGGGUACUUCUCGAUGAGAUCAACCUUGCCUCUCCCGAUACCCUUGAAAGCAUUGCUGAUCUCCUGACCGGUCCUGAGGAGAGGCCAUCCAUUCUUUUGUCAGAAACUGGCGAGAUCGAAAAGAUCGAGGCUCAUCCCAAUUUUAGAAUCUUCGGUGCCAUGAACCCUGCAACCGAUAUUGGAAAGCGAGAUUUGCCAGUUGGAAUCCGCUCCAGAUUUACCGAAGUUUACGUAUCGAGUCCAGACAAGGAUAUUAAGGAUCUGCUUCAUAUCAUCAAGACUUAUCUCGGCAACAGCAGCAGCAAAAAUGACCAGGCAGCAGAUGACAUCGCGCGUCUCUAUAUCAACACCAAGCGACUGGCAGAAGAGAAGAGAUUGGUCGAUGGAGCGAAUGAAGUGCCUCACUUCAGUCUUCGUACCCUGACACGAGUUCUGAGCUACGUGAAUACCAUUGCACCUUACUAUGGUGUGCGAAGGGCUCUUUACGAGGGAUUUGCAAUGGGAUUUCUUACACUGCUUGACAGAGAGUCGGAAAAGAUGCUUGUGCCCUUAAUAUCCCACCACAUCUUUGAGAGCCACGGUAACCCUCAAUCAUUACUUUCUCAAGCACCGAAACACCCUAACGAUGGUAAACAAUAUGUACGCUUCAAGAACAAGAACCGGGACAGACAAUACUGGCUCUUCCAGGGUAAUGAAACACCCAUUGAGCGGGACGACUACAUCAUUACUCCUUAUGUCGAACGAAAUCUUCUGAACCUUGUCCGUGCUACCUCAACAAGGCGGUUCCCAAUUCUUAUCCAAGGCCCAACCUCUGCUGGAAAGACAAGUAUGAUCGAGUACCUUGCAAACUUCACUGGGAAUAAGUUUGUGCGUAUCAACAACCACGAGCAUACCGACCUCCAGGAGUAUCUUGGUACCUAUAUCUCUGGGUCUGAUGGCAAGCUCCGAUUCCAAGAGGGUAUCCUUGUGCAAGCAAUGCGUCAAGGUCACUGGAUCGUGCUUGACGAACUCAACUUGGCACCAACAGACGUUCUUGAGGCCCUGAACCGUCUUCUGGAUGACAACCGGGAGCUCUUGAUCCCCGAAACUCAAGAGAUCGUUAAACCACACGAGAAUUUCAUCUUGUUCGCUACACAGAACCCCCCUGGUCUGUACGGUGGCAGAAAGGUGCUCUCAAGAGCGUUCCGUAACAGAUUCCUCGAGCUGCACUUUGAUGACAUACCUGAAGACGAGUUGGAGUUUAUUCUUCAACAACGAAGUCGAAACACCUCUCCUCCGGAUUGCCGAAGAAUUGUUACUGUCUACAAGGAACUGUCAAGACUUCGUCAAACAAGUCGACUUUUUGAACAAAAAGACAGCUUUGCCACACUUCGAGAUCUGUUUCGUUGGGCGUUGCGAGAGGCCGAGACACGUGAGGAAAUUGCUUGUCACGGAUUCAUGUUACUCGCAGAAAGGGUUCGUGACGAGGAGGAGCGCAUUGCUGUCAAGGAGAUCAUUGAGAAGGUUUUCAAAGUCAAGAUCGAUCCCCAAAAUCUUUACUCUGCCACUGUGGCCCCUGAGCUGAAGCAGUUCACGAGUCAGAAGAACAGCCAGGGAGUCGUAUGGACCCAUGCAAUGCGCCGACUCUAUGUUCUUGUCUCUCGAGCAUUGCGCAACAACGAGCCGGUAUUACUAGUGGGCGAGACAGGUUGUGGCAAGACAACCGUUGUCCAACUGCUUGCUGAGGCAUUGAAAAGAGAGCUCCAUAUCGUCAAUGCUCACCAAAAUACCGAGACGGGUGAUCUGAUUGGUUCUCAAAGACCUAUUCGUAACCGUGGAGCCAUCAUCGAUGCCAUGGACUUGGACUUGAAGCCGGUUCUGCAGACGCUUGGAUUAGAUAUCUCCGGCUCGGUCGAAGAGCGCUUGGAGCGAUAUAACACAUUGGAUACUUCAAUCAUCAACAAUAUUCCUCAAGACGUCCGGGAGCGAAUCAGUGGCCACGAGACACGAAGCAAAGCUUUGUUUGAGUGGGCAGACGGAAGUCUGGUUGAGUCGAUGCGAGAGGGUCACUUUUUCCUACUGGAUGAAAUCUCCUUGGCUGAUGACUCGGUUUUGGAGCGCUUGAACUCUGUGCUGGAACCUUCAAGAACACUUCUUCUUGCCGAAAAGGGUGUUGACAACUCCUUUGUUGUUGGAGCCGAUGGAUUCCAGUUCUUUGCUACCAUGAACCCAGGUGGUGAUUUUGGAAAGAAGGAACUCUCGCCUGCAUUACGAAACCGAUUCACUGAAAUUUGGGUCCCGGCCUUGUCUCAAAGCGAAGACAUCUAUGAGAUUGUCAAGACAAAGCUCAAUAGGGACUCUAAGCAAUUGACUGAAAUCAUUGUUAAGUUUGCUGCUUGGUUCGGUGACACCUUCAGGUCUAUGGCAUCAGCGCCGUUCUCCGUCAGAGAAAUUCUUGUUUGGGUCCAAUUUAUCAAUAACUUCCAAUCUAAUGAACCUAUCAUCUCCCUGGUUCAUGGUGCUUCAACCAUUUUUAUUGAUAGCAUCGGCGCCAAUCCUUCUGCUAUCCUGGCUACCGACCCCAAGUCACUUGGCCAACAACGCCAGAAGUGUCUGGGCAAGCUAAGUGAGCUUAUUGGUGAGGAUGUCUCUGGGAUCUAUGAGACACAGCCAGAGCUCUCUAUGGAUGACCAUUCUUUGACCAUUGGCCACUUCAGUAUCCCUCGGGCUUCCAUAGGCGUUGCUGAUCCUGGAUUUGCUUUUCAUGCACCCACUACGCGUUUGAAUGCCAUGCGAGUACUUCGAGCGCUUCAGAUGCAACGGCCGAUUUUGCUUGAGGGAAGUCCCGGUGUCGGUAAAACGACUCUUGUUGCAGCCUUGUCCCAAGCAUGUGGGCAGCCGUUGACAAGAAUUAAUUUAUCUGAUCAAACUGAUUUGAUGGACUUGUUUGGUACUGAUGUUCCUGUUGAGGGAGCCGAGGCUGGUAACUUUGCUUGGAGGGACGCCCCGUUCCUUCAGGCUAUGCAAAAGGGCGAGUGGGUACUCCUGGACGAAAUGAACCUUGCUUCUCAGUCUGUACUGGAAGGCCUGAACGCUUGUCUUGAUCAUCGAGGUGAGGUUUAUAUCUCAGAAUUGGAUCAAGUCUUCAAGCGUCACCCAGAUUUCCGCCUUUUCGCAGCCCAAAACCCUCAUCACCAGGGCGGUGGCCGCAAAGGUUUACCCGCCUCCUUUGUUAACCGUUUCAUCGUUGUUUACGCCGAUGUCUUCUCAGACGACGAUCUGAACUUGAUUGCAGCACACAACUACCCCAAAAUUGAACCACAGGCGAUCAGCCAACUGAUUCAGUUUGUGUCUCAACUCGACCACAAGCUGGCCAUAGAGAAGGCUUUCGGGAGUCAGGGAAGUCCUUGGGAGUUCAAUUUGCGCGAUGUCCUUCGUUGGCUGAAACUUCUCGACUCCUCUGACCCUCUACUUCGCAAUGCCCAUGUUGACGACUUUCUCGAUAUUAUUGUCCGACAGCGAUUCCGAACACAGCGGGAUCGUGAGGAAGUGGACAAUAUUUUUACGUUGAUUUCCGGUUCGCCGCCACGACAGCAUAGUUUGUACCAUGAUAUCAACCCAAUGUUUGGCCAAGUUGGAUUGGCUCUGCUCGACAGACAUCCUCAUUCUCAGCCAGAGCGACUCCCUAAUAUCGACAUUAUUCCUAGACUGGCUGAGCUUGAGUCACUCAUGAUUUGUGUCAAGCAAAAUGUUCCUUGUAUUCUCAGCAGCCCUUCAGGCUACGGCAAGACUGUUUUGCUGGAGCAUGUCGCAGCUUUGGCCGGAAAACCUCUUGUAGUGUUCCCGAUGAACGCUGACAUCGAUACCAUGGAUCUUGUUGGUGGAUUUGAGCAGGCAGACCCCCUUCGGGAGGUUAACGCUGCUCUCCGAGCCCUCCAGCAGGACCUGCAGAACUUGGUCAUGUCGACAGUGCCAGGGGAUGUUCCCAACCAGGCGCUUUAUCUACUUCACUUGCUUGAUGGCUUUACUGGUGAUGUUGCAUCGCUUCCUGCCAUUACCGAAGCGGCCAAAGGGCUGCUUCAAGAAAUCCCCACCGACUCUGAGGUAGCCACCGCACUGUCCAAGGCCCUUGUUCCUCUGCAACAAAAUUUGGUAUUGGAGAACCCUCGUUUUGAGUGGUUGGAUGGUGUCAUUGUUAAGGCCCUACAAAUGGGUCAGUGGCUGGUUCUUGACAAUGCCAAUAUGUGUAACGCUUCUGUCCUUGAUCGACUGAACUCCCUCCUUGAGCCCAACGGCUUCUUGAGCAUCAAUGAGCAUUGUGGACCUGGCGGAGAACCUAGAAUCGUGCGCCCACACCCAGAAUUCCGCAUUUUCUUAACCAUGGAUCCUCGAUAUGGCGAGCUUUCUCGCGCAAUGCGGAAUCGUGCUGUUGAAAUUCAUAUUCAUACACCCCCUCCCGCCCUUGACCCCUCAUACAAUAGAGUUGUGAGCGUGGAGAGCAGUCUGCAACGGUACGGCACAUCCAAGCAGGUAGCAGACUCGACUACCGCAACCGAUGAAUCGGUCGAGAUUGUCGAGCGCGCUCUUGAGACACUUUCUAUAUCAGAUAUCGCUCUCCUUCCUCGAUUUGCCGACACUCUGCCGAAGGAUACUGCCAACAAAGAGGCGUUCGAGGUUGGGGUUGUAGAAUUGCUUAACUUCCUUCACUCAAGCAACGGCACUGACGGUUUCAAAACCGUCUCUAAUCUUUAUGAUUCCCUGAACGUUCCGGCACUCAAGCCUACGCAGCCCCUGCACCCACUCAGCAACUUCCCCAUGGCCCAGAUUUUGCCUUCAACAGAUCACGCACGAUGGCUUGGCGCUUGCCUCGAAUUCUACCACGACCUGUAUCGCCUGCAAAACUCUAUCGAGGGCCAGCGACGUCAGGCUCAGGUUAACAAGUUGAACGCUCUCAACAGACUUCAAAGAUCACUUGUUAGUGAUCGUGUAGCAGCUGUGUCGAAAGAUGCUACCGUGAAGCUGGCUUCAUUCUUGGUCUCUACGAUCAACACUACUAAAGAAUGGCUUGGGUUCAACUUCGAGUCUUCUGAAUCGUGGACGGAGCGCGUUCGAAUUCUCAAAGGUGUUGUACGCUAUCUUGAGCGCACCGUCCGACUCACCACUGAAGACAACUUUGACGAAGCUAAGUUUCAGGCACACCUUGCACAAGGUACAAACUUCCUUGAAAAACAAUUGACUUUGUCGAAUGGCAUCCAGGAGCGAGAAUUUGUUCUCCUUCUUCUUGACCGGCUGGGCAAAGACUUUACCGCUGGAUUCAAGUUGUCGACCGGUCUGAGCAUGGAGCUGCUUUGGCACGUCUUCCGCCCGACUCCACUGCCUACAAAAAUUCUCUUGGACCAAACACUGGAACUUGAAAAGCUGGGCUCUCGAUUCGAUACUUUACGAUGGAAGGCGGGAGCAGCAAUUCCCGACUUGGCAAAGGCUAUGACAACUCUCGAGAAGGCCUCGGGUAUCAUCAGCAGUGAUGUUCCAAACGUGGACAGCCUUCUGGAAUCCCUCACUACAGAAAUCGAGUCUCUCGAAAGUCGAAUCGGUGCUGAUGAGGCCGAGCGUAUGCCUUUCAUGGUUGAAGAAUUUGAAUCACUUCGCCAGGUAGCAAUGCUCAGCCCCACCAACUCAGAUCACGCAGAGCUGCAGGUUUUGUCUAAUAUCCCUACGCAAGCGGGAAUAAUGCUUGCCAGCUCUGAGCACCAGGCUGCACUUCUCCAAACAGUCGAGAACCUUGUUUUCCAGAACCAAUUCUCCUGGGAUGGCAAGUUCGUAACAUCGUUCUGGUCAAAGCUCCAAAACUUGGGAUCAGUCAACUUGGGCUCUUUGGCUCUCCUUGAAGCGGAACUCCCAAUUGCGGGUCGGCAGCUUGCAACCCUCAGUGCUGACUUGGUUCAGAACCCCUUGAUUAGACUGAACAAUGUUCUUUCCAACCUUCUUUUUGAGGUUUUCAAUGCUCACGGCCAGGGUCUCAAGCAGGUCGUUGUUGAAGCAGCGCAACUUGUUUCUCAAGAUCCUGCCGCGAAUUCCCAAGCUUUCGAUGCCAUUUUGCCUCUCAUCGAACAGGACCACUUCCGCCAGAUCGCCGUUGAACACCUUAUCCCUGCCUUGAAGGCGCUCACUGCCUCUCAAGUGGACCUCCAAAAGCAGGCACAUCUGUCGGCUUUUGCCUGGAUUCACUUCAGUAUUGGCACUGUCAAGCUGUACGUCCCAGACCGUGUCUUUGAUCCUCAGAGUAGGCCGAAGAUGGAACGCGAAUUUCUUCAAGAGAUGCAUGCUCUUCUCGAUCAGCGAACUGGAUCACUUCGGACGUUUGAGAAGCUCUUUACCGGACAAGAUACAAAUGAGCGCAUCCGUCUCCUUGAAGCUGAAGCCACAGCCCUAGGCCCUCUUCCGGAAGAGGUUCGACCAAUCUACAGACCCGAUCAAUCAGAGCUCAGUCGGCUCCAUGCUGAGUUCUCUAACGUGCUGAAGGCCGUUACGGGCCCUACUCUGUCUUCUGCUCUUCAGAUUCUUGAAAAUGACCCGGGUCAAGCGGCAGAAGAGCUGCACUUAGUGAAAGAAAACGUACUUCGACUUUUGGACAGACUCUCUGCCCGUUUCGAAGCAUAUCAAGACAUGACACGACCUACUUCAAGUUUGCUUCGUUGCCUCAUGAUUGGGCUUUCACUAUGCGAUGCCGCAUCAGCUCGUAACUUGGCACCUGCUUCACAGCAGAUUCUUGAAGUUACGCCUUUCCUGGGCGGAACCAUGUGGAACCAGAAGGACGGAGACUUUUCGUCACGAACAUUUGAAUUCCUGAACUACAUGUCUGUCGUUGCCAGCAUUGAAGGUUUCGAGAACAUCGGCCAUCAUGCCCGUGAUAUGGUUUUCAAGAGCUUUCAUAGUUUGUUCGACGAGUGGACCAAGAGACUUGAGGCCGAUCGCAAGGAGCAAGCUGCCAAGGGUAGCCUAUACCGUUUCCGAGGCUCCUUGGAGGACGAAGAGGAGAUUGAUACAGAGGAGUUCAACGAGUUGUUCCCGACUUUCGAUGACGAAGAAGCUGCGAACGUGCCUUCUGCCAAGAAGCAAGAUGAAGUGCGCGAUCGAUCUCUGCAUGUGGCACAAAUCCACAAGAACCUUUUCCUCACUCAACAGGAUUUCGCUACAGCCAUCAAUGACGUUUGCAAAUCUGUUGGAGACAGAGUUACAUCGGAAACUAUCGACCACAAGAACAUUGAUCGUAACCUUACAAGCAAGAUGCUGGCUGGCACCAUGUUCUUCCUGAACGACAAACUUGAGUCACUCGUCUCACCCACUGUGGACAAGGACUACAACUUUUACACAGAUGCCAACGUCCCAGAAGCUCGUCAGCUUGUUGUCCUCAUGCAUAAGAUCAAAGCUCGUUUCCGUGAGUUACAGAUGGUAGAUGAGAUUGGUCAUAUGCAACCGUUGGCCGAUGUCAUCCAAGCUUGUGAUCAGGUCCUCGAACUUGUCCACACCGAGCCGUUGGCCAAGAUCCUUCCCAAGGUUGAGUACCUUCACGGCCAUGUUUAUGAAUGGCAAUUUGGCGGAUGGGCAAGCAAAAUCUACGGUGUUCUUACUCUCCACAACCUCCUUACUGACACAGUCAUCCGCUGGCGACGACUGGAACUAUCGACUUGGGCCAAUCUCUUUGACAUGGAACAGAAGAAAUGCCAAGACGACGCGUAUUCAUGGUGGUUUGUGGCUUACCAAGUUGUCAUUGCCGUUCCCUUGUCUCUUGUUGACUUUCCUAAAGAGAUGACAAAGUAUGCUGCUUCUCUGAUUUCAAGUCUAGAGAUGUACUUUUCCACUGCGAUCGUUGGCCAAUAUGGAGCACGUCUGGCCCUAUUACGUCAACUCCAAAGCCACCUCAAGCUCCUGACUGAAGAUUAUCCAAUUCUGCAAGUUGUAUUGCAUUCGUUGUCCAACUUUAUUCAUUAUUACUCUCGAUAUGAAAAGAUUAUGGAGGAAACUUUGCACAAAGGACGUCUUCCGAUUGAGAAGAAGAUGAAGGAUGUUCUCCUCAUGGCAAGUUGGAAGGACACAAAUAUCAACGCUCUUCGCGAGAGUGCUCGCAAGUCUCAUCAGAAACUUUUCCGGAUUAUCAGGAAGUUCCGCGGUGUUCUUGGCCAGGAGGCAAAGCAAAUUAUAGAGCAAGGUCUUCCUGACGAAGAAGUCUGCCGCAUGGCUCAUCUUGACAACAAAUCUCCUGCUCCUGAGGUCUCGGCGGACGUCUUCUCCAAACUGAAUGAGACCAUGCCUGGAUGGAUCGAUGGCCACAGGCGACUUGCCAACGUCUCCAAAACUGUCUCGGUCAUGCGCAAGAUCUCAGACAAUCCAGACAUGUCUAGCGAUGUACCGCAGACCAUCGAUGACUAUGUUUCAAGUCUCAACGAGUCGAUGACAGAGUUACGGAAAGAAACGCCACCCUUCUUGAAUGACGAGAACAAGGACCAGGUCAAGCACUUGAAGACAAGAAAGAGGAAACUGUUCGCUGAUACCUUGCGCGAUCUUCGGCAGAUGGGUCUGAAGCACAACCUUGGACAAGACAAACUUGCUGAACAGGAGACACUCUCACUCGUAUUAGCAUCCAUCAAACCAGUGCAUCUCCCCGGGGACGCUUGUACUGAGGCCAUGGACUAUCACUUCCACAAGAUUCUUGACCUCGUCCCCAAGGUUAGAGACGCGUCUAGAGACCACUCCGAGGAUCUGACGAGCGCAGAGAUUGCGCGAAGUGUUGGUUUCGUCGAAGGGAUGCUCAACCUGCUGCUCUCUCAGCGAAGCCUGAUCUCUAAUGGAGGCUCCUCAUUGUCGCUACUCAAACGAUCAUCAUCACAAUUUCAUCACUUGAGCCUCGCCCAGGAGCACGGUGCUCUCCUCCGCCAGACAACUGUAUCCGACUGGACACGUCUUCUUCCCUGGCUCGUCCAAAUCCUCCAGUAUGCCAUCCGCCUAGUGGAAAUCCACGAGAAGCUAGGAGAAGCCAAGCACACCAUGACUCUAGAGCAUCUGAAGUCGUGGAAUGGACGAUUUGAGUCACUCCAGACCUCCACUACCGGUCUCAAACAAUUCCCAGAAGGCGUGUCUUCUGAAGCAGCUGCCCUUGCAGAGGCUAAAUUCUCCAGCGAACUAAGCAGCUUCCGCGCCAGUCUUGAGGAUCUAAACAGAGAACAUCCGAAGCUCUCUUUUGUUUUCACGCAGAUUGCUGGCUGGACUAACAUUAGUGAGGAGGUUCUAGGCCUGACAUACAAUGGCAAGGAACUAGGCACAUUCGCAAACGCUAUCUCGACACUUUGCGACAAGAUCCUUGUAGCUGUUGAAGGUGCAAAGAAGGCCGCGAAAGAAAUUCCUCGCAAGGAAGAUGAGCCCGGUUGGCUGACUAGCCACAGUGACGCCUUUGCCAGCUUAUUCACUAAGCUUCAUACUGCAGAGGUUGAACGUAGUGUGACUGGCUGCAUCAAUAUGCUGCAGCAAAUUCAACUUGAGGAUCAGCAUCUUGGUCAGGCAGCCAUGAGUCUCAUGGCAAUCGCAAGCCCAAUCUUGACUGAAUAUGUUGGCCUCUCGCAGCAGACAUUGAUGCAAGUCAUCGACAUACAUAGUGCUAUAGCACACAUGGCUUACAACAUGACCAAGACCUUUACUCAGAUUUCGUCUCAGGGAUUCUGCACCCCACAAGAAAAGUCUGAUGAAACCUCUGGCGAAUCCAGUAAAGUGGAAUCCGGCACUGGCCUUGGCGAUGGCGAAGGUGCCGAAGACAUUAGCAAGGACAUCCAACCUGACGAGGAUCUCUCUGAGCUUGCUCAGGAAGCCAACAAAGAGGAGAAUGGCGAAAUGGAAGAUGAAAAGGAUGCUGUUGAUAUGGCGGACGAGGAGCUUGAAGGCGAUAUGGGUAGUGUUGAUGGUGCCGAUGACGACGAAGAAGGAUCGAAGAAUGGAGAUGAAGAGGAGGAGGAGGAGAAUGACAUGGACGAAGAGGCUGGAGAUGUUGAUGACCUUGAUCCCACUGCUGUUGACGAGAAGAUGUGGGACGGAGACGACGAAGAGAAGGCCGACAAAGACCAACAGGGCGAGAAGGCUAAGGGGCAGAAGAAGGAUGAUGAGCAGCUGGCGGGAGACGAAGACGCUCAGAAACAGGAUGGUGAAGAACAACCAGAUGUUGACGAUUCUGGUGAACAAGAUGCUGAGGAGGAGGAGGAGGCUGGCGCGGAAGAAGAGGAUGUUAAAACCCAAGAGGAAAUGAACAAGCAAGAGCAAACCGCGCAGGAGAACGACACCCUGGCGCUCCCCGAGGAUAUGGAUUUGGAUCUCGGCGACGAGCAGGAGCCAGCAUCAGACAGUGAUGAUUUGGAUGAUCUGUCCGACAUUGAAGAAGAGAAGAAAGAAGUCGAGGACCAGGAAAUGGGCGAUGAUGCGGAUCAAGACUCAGAAGAUGCAGCAGCCGAGGCCCAACUACAAGAGGAGGCAGGAGAAGAAGCCGGAAUUGAAGAGGAUGAGGAAACACCCGAGGAAAAGGCUGGCGGUAAGGAUGAGGUCGAUGAGGAAGUCAAGCCAGAGGAAGAAGAGAAAGCCGAAGAACAGGAGGAUGCUACGGAUCAGAGCCAACCUCCUCAAGACAGCGCUACGACAGACACCGACAAUGCAGCACCAAGCGAUGUCAAGACCUCUGGUCAAGACCAGAAUGCAGAUUCAAUGGACGUCGAUGAUAACUUCCAAAGCAAUGCCGCUCAACAGGAGGAUGGGGAGAUGGGAGAAGGGGCCGCUGACCAGGAUACAAGCGCAGGAAACAAGGGUUCUACGUCGCAGUCAAAGGAGAUUAUGGACAGAGCCGAUCAAGAGCAAGACAAACCGGACUCGGCCCGUAGCGAUCCUUUCAAGAAACUCGGUGAUGCCCUUGAACGUUGGCAUCGACAACAAGAGGACAUCAAGGAUGCCGAACCCUCCGAGGCCAAUGAACAAAACGCGCCACAGGAUCCAAGCGCCGACCAAGGUCGCAAGGAAUUCCAGCAUCUUCAGGACGACGAGACUGCCACGGACACGCAAGCUAUGGGAACUGCAGAUGACGAACAGGUGCAGCCCAUUGACGAGUCCAUGGCUAUCGAUGAGGAGAAGCAAGAUCCCACAAGCCGUUUGAUGGAUGAGGACAAGGAUGAGACCGAGCAGGAUCCCGACAAAAUGGAUACCGCCGACACCACCGAGGCGCCAGAUGUCAUCAAUCAAGAUACAGACAAGGACCAGGACGACACCCGCUCAGGAGUCAAGACACGCCAAGGUAACUACGACCGAGAGCUCAGUCCUUCUGAGCAAGAGACGCAAAUGUUAGAAGAAGACCAAGACGAAGUAGACAUUCAGGAAACAUCGACUCAACUCUCCAUCACUCACAUCUCGGAUGAAGAACGUCCGCUCCGAGACUUUGGAGAGUCGAUGCAACAGUGGACCGAGUUCCAGACCAAGACACAUUCGCUCUCGUUGGCAUUGACAUCUCAGCUCCGACUCAUCCUUACACCUUCGCAAUCAACAAAGCUCUCGGGUGGGUUCCGUACCGGUAAGCGGCUCAGCAUCAAACGUAUUAUCCCAUACAUUGCUUCGAGCUACAAGCGAGACAAGAUCUGGAUGCGACGCAGUAUUCCGACCAAGCGAACCUACCAGAUCCUUCUCUGCGUGGAUGACAGUAAGAGUAUGGGGGAGACAUCAUCGGGUACCCUGGCGAUGGAAUCCCUCGUCAUGGUGUCACGCUCACUUACAAUGUUGGAAGCUGGACAAGUUGGUGUCAUGGGCUUUGGCGCCGACGUUUUCAGCGCGCAUGGCCUCACAGAACCUUUUGCUUCGGAUGCAGGAGCCAAGGUACUGCAGAAAUUCAAUUUCGCUCAAGAUCGCACCGACAUUGGCCUUCUCAUUCAAAGAACCAUCGAAACUUUCAGAGAGGCCCGACAACAAGGCAGUGGUAAUGCAGAUCUCUGGCAACUCGCACUCAUUCUCUCCGACGGUCUCACACCUUCGUCAGCCCAUGAGGGUAUCCGACGAAUGCUGCGAGAGGCUAUGGAAGAGCGGAUCAUGAUCGUGUUUAUUAUUAUGGAUGACACGGACAAGAAGAAGGGCGAUAGUGUACUUGAACUCAAGGAAGCCAAGUUUGUUCGGGAUGGCGGAGAAAGCAAAGUGGUGAUUGAGAGGUAUCUGGACACGUUCCCGUUCCAGUACUACUUGAUUGUCCACAAUCUUGAAGAGUUACCAAGUGCGCUGGCUGGUCUUUUGCGAACAUGGUUUGCAGAGGUCAAUGCUUAG